CUGGCAACCCUGGCUGUCUGACAUGGGGGCUGCAAGAGCUGUUAACAACGAUAGUCGCCUACUUCAGCAAGAAUCGAGACCCAAUGGGUUCUGAGCCCAAGUCAUGUGCCCAGCCCUUGGACUCUGGGGAUGCAGCUUCUGCCACUAAGGGUAGCCGUGGACCCUGGAGACCUGAGAAUCCAGAUUUCUUCUCAGCAAUGGAGGAUGAUCAGGAAAAUGACUUUUCAAGAAGCCUCAGCGAGAGUGCAGAAGACCUCAGCCUGGAUAUGGGGGCCCUUCAGGGCAGCGAGUACCUCCGGGAUCUAGGCUUAGGGGCUCCUUCCGACCACCAUCAGUCAGAAGUGGCUAUAGAGCCUGAGAGCCCCAGAAAAGAAGCCAGAAGGGAGUCCCUCGGCUCAAGCUAUGCGGGAGAUCCAGUCCUGCCUCAGAGACGCAGCUGGGAGAGACCACGGAGCUGCUCGGAGAGCUGUCGAAGGCUCAGCCUUGAUGCCUCCAUGGUGGAUGAAGGAGCCUGUCUCCCCCGGACUCUGGCGAGCCUUACUCUGAAUCUGUCUGGAGAGGGGCAGAAUACUUGGACCCAAGUAUGCUUACCUGACAGUGAGACUCCAGCAGAACCCUCAAACAAGGAAUGUAUCAGCCCUGAGAAAAGACUAAGAUCCAAGUCAGUGCCUGUGUCCCAUGAGGAGAUCAGCUGUUUGGAACUGACGUCUGGCUCAGAGGCGUCCACUGCACCUGUGCAAGGCCUUGAACCACCUGUGCUGGAGUGCCUGGAAAAGGACCAUGUGGAGCCAGACCACGUGCUGAUAGUGCAACAAGUGCUUCAGGAACUGCGACACUACCAUGGGGCCCGUCAGCGAGCUCACAUGUCUACCAGCCCUGGAGGAACCCACUCCAACCUCACCUGGUUUGAGUUCUUGUCUGAGAGUGAGGAUGGUGCAAGCAAGAAUGAGAAGACAGACAAGAGCACCAGAGUGAAGCGCAGCCUGAGCUCCCUCCGAAGCAGGGUCACCAGGCAGAAGGAGAAGGGGAAGAGCCCUGCACACCUAAAGGAUAAGAUUCAGGAUGCUCCAGGGAGGCGGGAGUGUGUCAAUGGGCACCAGCUGGUGCGAGGAACCUUCGUGGGCCACUCUAACUGUCCUCUGUGUGGCAAACCUUUGCUGAGCUCAGCCUCCCUGAAGGAACACCCUCGGACCACACUCCUGUCUGAUGGCAGCAGCCCAGCUCCUUCCAGGAAUGUCGGCAUGACCGUCUCUCAGAAAGGAGGUCCCCAGCCAACAGCGAGCCCAGCCGGUUCUGGGGUACGACUUGGACCAGUCACUGGAGACAUGGAUGAAGCCGACACCGUGUUUUUAAAGUUGAAGCAGAGUACCGAUGACUCUCUGUCACUCACAUCCUCGAAUGCUGAGUCUGUUUUCAUAGAAGAUCCUUACAUUGCCUCACUGAGGUGUGAGAUCGAAUCAGAUGCCCAUGAGUUUGAGGCUGAGUCCUGGAGCCUCUCUGUGGAUUUAGCAUAUGCCAAGAAACAAAAGAAGGAGGUGGUAAAAAGACAGGAUGUUCUGUAUGAGCUGAUGCAGACAGAAGCACACCACGUGCGCACCCUCAAGAUCAUGCUGAAAGUGUACUCCAGAGCCCUGCAGGAGGAGCUGCAGUUCAGUGGCCAGGCAGUGAGCCGCCUGUUCCUAUGUGCUGAUGACCUAUUGGAAAUACACAGCCACUUCCUUGCCCGCCUCAAGGAGCGCCGGCAGGAGUUCUUGGAGGAGGGCAGUGACCGGAAUUACGUCAUCCAAAAGAUCGGGGAUGUCCUGGUCCAGCAGUUCUCAGGGGAAAUCGGAGAGAGAAUGAAAGAGAAAUACGGUAUGUUCUGUAGUGGCCACAACGACGCGGUCAGUCACUAUAAGUUACUGCUGCAGCAGAGCAAGAAGUUUCAAAACUUAAUCAAGAAAAUCGGCAACUUUUCCAUUGUGCGACGGCUGGGAGUCCAGGAGUGUAUCCUCCUGGUCACACAGCGUAUAACCAAGUACCCAGUACUGGUGGAGCGCAUCAUCCAGAACACAGAAGCUGGCACUGAGGACCACAAAGACCUGAGCCAGGCCCUGAGCCUCAUCAAAGACAUCAUCUCACAAGUGGAUGCCAAAGUCAGUGAGUAUGAGAAGGACCAGCGCCUCAGGGAGAUCGCAGGCAAGGUGGACUUGAAGUCAUCCAGCAAACUCAAGAAUGGGCUUACCUUCCGCAAGGAGGACAUGCUGCGGCGCCAGCUCCACCUAGAGGGCACCUUGUGCUGGAAGUCCACAUCAGGACGCUUGAAAGAUGUCCUCGCUGUCCUGUUGACUGAUGUGCUUCUGCUGCUGCAGGAAAAGGAUCAGAAAUACGUCUUUGCUUCUGUGGACUCAAAGCCGCCCAUCAUCUCUCUGCAAAAGCUAAUUGUGAGAGAAGUGGCCAACGAGGAGAAGGCCAUGUUUCUAAUCAGUGCCUCCAUGCAAGGACCAGAGAUGUAUGAGAUCUAUACCAAUUCCAAAGAAGACAGGAACACCUGGAUGGCUCACAUCCGCAGAGCCGUGGAGAGCUGUCCAGAUAAGGAGGAGGGCCCCUCCAUCGAGCCUGAGGAGAGAAGGAUGACUGAAGCCUUCACCCUGAGACUCCGGGACUUUCAAGAACGACUGAGCCUGAAAGACCAGCUGAUCGCACAGAGCCUUCAGGAGAAGCAGCAGAUCUACCUGGAGAUGGCAGAGCUGAGUGGGCUGGAUGAGUCAGCCCAGUGCCGAGGCCUCUUCCGAGGAGGCGGGGACCCCUCUGAGACCCUACGGGGGGAGCAGAUUCUCAGAUUAGCCAUGAGCGAGAUUGAGGGCAUCCAAAGCCUGAUUUGCCAGCGGCUAGGCAGCACCAGUGGCCAAGUGGAGGAGGGAGGUGUCUCUGCAGGCCUGCCUCGGAGGGCUGAGACCUUCGGGGGCUAUGACAAUGUGGGCAGCCCCAGCAAGAAUGGCAGCUUUAAAAAGAAGAUGUGCAACAAUGACCUCGGGCCCCAAGACUGGCAGGGGCCUGCUAGCAGCCCAGAUUCCAGAUCCUGUGACGGCAACACCCCUGGUGGCUGUGAGGAAUCACUUCAGGCGGUGGAGAUGCCUAGCACAGAGAGCAGCUCAUGUCUGCCCACUGUCCUGGAGUCAGAGCUGGUCCACCGGGUCCAGACACUGUCGCAGCUUCUUCUUAGUCUCCAGGCAGUUAUCGCUCAACAGGACAGCUAUGUGGAGAUGCAGCGAGUGGCCAUCCAGGAGCGUGAAAAGCAGUUCCGGCUGCAAUCAACACGCGGGAACCUGCUGCUAGAGCAAGAGCGUCAGCGCAACUUCGAGAAGCAGCGUGAGGAGCGUGCUAGUGUUGAAAAGCUGCAGAGCCAGCUGCGCCAGGAGCAGCAGCGGUGGGAGCGGGAACAUGCGCGACUGCAGGAGAGGGAGGACGAGGCACGCCAGCUGCGCCAGCAACUGGACCAGGAGCGCACGGAGCUGGAACAGCAGCGCCAGGCCUACCAGCACGACCUGGAGCGGCUACGCGAGGCCCAGCGCGCAGUGGACCGUGAACGUGAGCGCCUGGAGCUGCUGCGCAGGUUCAAGAAGCAGAACACCAUACCAGGGGCACUACCCCCAGAGGUGUUGGCAGAGGCCCAACCCACAAGCCACCCUCCCAGUUUCAAUGGGGAUGGACUAGAGGGGCGCUUAGCCCUAGCCAAAGCACCAGGGACCCAAGGGAGCAUGCUGCUGUCUGGCACAGGAACUGAGUACAUAGAGCGACCCGAGGUGGCCCGCUGGAAUAGUACCACUGCUGAGAGCCGUUCAGCCAAGAGUGAUGUGCCCAUCCAGCUGCUCAGUGCCACCAACCAGAUUCAGAGGCAGACAGCUGUGCAGCAGCAGAUCCCCACCAAGCUGGCUGCCUCCACCAAGGGUGGCAAAGACAAGAGCAGCAAGAGCAGGGGUUCCCAGCGUUGGGAGAGCUCAGCGUCCUUCGACCUGAAGCAGCAGCUGCUUCUCAACAAGUUAAUAAGCAAGGAUGACAAUUCGUCACGAAACCGCCAGUCACUGAGUCCCAUCCUGACUACCCCCUAUGGAUCUGCACCUGCCCCAGAUCCCUGUUUCCCAGCCCCAAGCCCAGUCCCAAGCCCGGCCCCAGCAGCCACGCCCCCUGAGGUCUUCAAGUCUGGAGGCGUGCCUCUGCCACCUGCAUCCCCAGCUUCCUCACUGCCACCCACACCACUCACUGCCAAAGAUGAAGUUGGCAAGGAAGAUGUCAUCUUCUUCUGAGGGGUCCAUGGCCCCAAGAGCAGACCCUUUUCUAUCCUGAUAACCCUUUGUCUCUGGGGACCCCAUGGGUGACUGUUACUGUCCAGCCAUCCCCUUCCCCUGCCUGAGCACACACCAGGCACUUGCUCACCUGUUGGUGUCUUGGGUCUCACAGGUCUCUGUAGAAUUAGUGGUAAAGCCUGGGUAGCCUCUUAAACCUUUUUAUAUAUGCAUGUGCAAACAAAAUUCUUUUAAAUUGAAGGUUGAACUCUAGCUAAACCACAGAGCUGUUCUAAACCAGAGGUAGGCAGCACAAAGGUGGGAGGGCCAGGGAAAUGAACGGGUGGGUCUAAGAUGACACUGGCUGCAGAGGCAGGUUCCAUAACACCCAGAAAUCUCUGGAUUGAGCUGUUAUUAGGCACCAGAAGGCACUAGAAUCACCCAGAGUCCAGUGAAUCUCCCUUUCCAAAGCAGCAGUUGAUGCUGGCUACAGAGAGACUUGAUCAGUAAGUGAACUGGGCAAUGGCCAAGGGCCACAUGAUUGGGGAGGUUUGGGCAGCCCAUGGGUCUGUGGGUUCACAAAUCAGUCUGAAGAGGGCUACCAACUGUCACUCCUUGUAGUAGUUGGGGGUUUUCCCAGUUCUGCCUCUGGAGGAGCACCAGCCGUGUCCUCAUACCCACCCAUCUGAGACACAGAACCCUGGGUUCAGCAGAGCAACACAUACCCCAGACAGUGUUUGGUUCCUGUGAAAUGAGCAGGUUUUCCCUAAUUCUCCAGUGUCCUGCCAGAGAGGCAGGAGUCUGGUCAGCAGCUGGUCUGGUCUGGUCUUCUUCCCAGGCUGGGCACCCAUAGGCUCAGGAGGUGACUGGGUGUGGUGAUCAAGAAUCCUACAGCUGGUGGACAACAGGGUGCUGAAAGUGGUGGCGUCUUAUGACUUCAGCACUCCAGGAGUGGUGUGGGGCCCCCUUGUCCGUCUGUCUUGUAUCCAGAGUGUGUCUCUCCAUUUACCAGACCUCAUCCGUGCCAUGUUGCUAAUCAGUGUUUUGUGGGUUUUGUUGUUGUUGUUGUUUUUGUUGUUUUUGUGCGUGUUUUUUUGUACUGAGAUAUCAGAGCACUUUAGGAAAGCUGUCCUUUAAGCUCCCACUCUCUGAAGAGAACAUUCCAGGACCCCACCCAAGUUGCGUGGGCUCACCAUCAGUUCAUAUGCCCUGAUCCCAUCCCAGACACUAUGAUGUUUUGGACUUAGAAGUUCAAAUGAUUUCCCCUUGGCCCUGGGUAGGAUUUACACAUCCCUGCCAGGUGGCCAGGUGUUAUCUCACUGUGUUCUGCACACCGUAGAGCAGUGGCGACAGUGUAUCUGUCACCAGCAGCCAUGGGUUCCUCCUUAGUGGGUCUUAUUUGUAAAGCUGGUGAGCCAGCAGCAUUCCCAACUCUGAGACUGAGCGGCAUCCCUUGUCAAUUGUGACCAUGAUCUUCGUCUACCCUGUGAUUAUUUCCACAGUGAUAACAGAGCAUCCUGGCCACAGGGUAUUCUGGAAUCACCCUAGAACUUAUGACCAGAUUCUAGCAAUAAAAGCAUCCAAAGGACCUCAGGUUGAAGCAGACC